AUGGGUUCCUCCCUGAAGAGUUGGAUAGAACAGCACACAAGGUCACAGCAAAUUGACAAGGAAAUACAGAAAGACAGACAUAAGUUUCGACGGCAGGUUAAACUGCUAUUGUUGGGGGCGGGGGAGUCUGGCAAGUCGACCUUCCUGAAGCAGAUGCGCAUCAUCCAUGGGUACCGAUUUGCUCAUGAUGAAAUCAACGAAUAUAGAGAAACUAUUUACAAAAAUAUAGUCUUGGGUAUGAAGGUCCUGUUGGAUGCAAGAGAUAAACUUCGGAUACCCUGGGGAGAUGAAUCUCGAGAAGUGUAUGGCCAGCAUGUCAUGACGUUUGUGGGAACCAUGUGUCUAGAUCGUCAUUUGUUUUUAGAAUACGUUCCAAGUGUAAAGGAGCUUUGGAAGGACUCAGGAAUUAGGCAAGCAUAUAACAGACGAGCUGAGUAUCAGUUGACUGACAGCGUUGCAUAUUUCUUCGAUUCUUUAGAAAGAAUAGGAGUUUUGGACUACAUACCCACAGAAAAAGACAUUCUUCACUGCCGUAAAGCAACUAAAGCAAUCACAGAGUUCACUAUUCCCAUUCAAAAUGUUCCAUUUCUCUUUGUGGAUGUAGGAGGCCAAAGAACACAAAGACAAAAAUGGUUUCAGUGCUUUGAGAGCGUCACAUCGAUUAUUUUUCUUGCUUCAUCUUCAGAAUUUGAUCAGAGACUCUUGGAAGACAGGAUCACAAAUAGAUUAGAAGAAUCACUCAACAUCUUCGGGACCAUUGUUAACAACAGGAACUUUCGUGAUGUCUCCAUAAUCCUUUUCCUGAAUAAGACUGACCUUCUCAUCCAGAAAAUAAGAUCUAGACAAAGCAACAUUUCUCAUUAUUUCACAGACUUUGUGGGUAAUCCUCAUGAUGAGAGAUGUGUUCAGCAGUUUAUCCUGCACAAGUUUGUGGAACAGCGGAGAGCAGACAACAAUCGUAGGCCAAUCUUCCACCACUUUACAACAGCAGUUGACACAGAAAACAUUAAGGUGGUAUUUAACUCUGUUAAAGACACAAUACUUCAAAGGAAUUUAGAAACACUUAUGUUGCAGUGAAAGUUACCAAGUGCCAGUGAAGUCUGAGAUCUUGUAGAUGAACUACACCUUUGAAACCAACCCAGUGUUAAAGUUUUUCACAGUACACACAUGAUAAAUAGCCAAAAAUCUGUGCCAUUGGAAUAUGGCUGAUUUUCUUCAAGGUCACAUUUCAAGUCACAGUUUUAAUAAUCCAUUUGUAUAACCAAAAACUAUUUUGCAGGUAUAAUUUUUGCCAAUCUCAUAUGAUUAUCAUAAGUUCAUUAUGCAAAUAUAACACAGUUGGAUUUUUUUUUUACAUGGUCAUGUAAGUACCUUCCAUUUUUUUUUUUUUUUUUUUGAGAUGUGUGUGAUGUUCGUUAUGUGGCUCACAGCAGUAUUACAGUGGAAGUUUUACAGUACAUAUGCAUUUUACAGUUGUUGAAAUUCUGUUGUUUUAUAUAUAGCAAUUUGUUAUUUUUCUAUUUUAUUUGGAAAGCCAAGCAAGAUCUUAAUAGGACGUAGUUAUUUUAUUCUUUAUACUGCAAUCAGAAUAAGUUGUAUUGAAGCUGUAGGAAUGAACUCAAGGCUUCCAUGGUAAUGUAUACACUGAUUUUACAACCACUCAAUACAUAAUCUGACCUACUGUACUGUAUCUGUUUCAUUAUUGCAAACUGCUGAAACUUGGGAGGUAAUGAAAAUAUUGUAUAUAAUGGUAUAGUAAAAAACUAAUUCUCUAUUCAGUUGGAAAUAUAUAUAAUUUUUAUAUAUAUAUAUUUAUACUUUAGCUGUAAAAGAUUUAUUAUUUUUAGUAUUUCCUUGUGUGUGUGGGAAGACAUCGAUUCUCUUUAAGCCCGCUGCUCAAAGCACGAUAGAAAGAUGUUACUUUCAUAAAAUGUAGCCUAAUGCCACAUUUUAUUAUAUGUUAUAUAUAUUUUUGAUCAAGAUGAUAUUACAUGUCCUUUCCAAUCAGAAUGUGUGAUGGAGUUGUAGGCAUAAUCUAUUCACAGUUAUGUUAAGAACAUAAGAGAGACUGCUGAUAUUAAAAGCAGAGCUAACUUUUUAAUUAUGGUAAGAAAUGGUUUGAAACAGUGUAGUAUAUAUAUGUACAUACAUAAAAAUGAAGGAAACAUACUAGUAGUUGUUAAUUUUACAUAUAUAAAUAAUACAUCUAGGUAGUAGGUUGGUAGACAGCAACCGCCCAGGGAGGUACUACCAUCCUGCCAAGUGAGUGAAAAACGAAAGCCUGGAAUUGUUUUACAUGAUGGUAGGAUUGCUGGUGUCCUUUUUUCUGUCUCAUAAACAUGCAAGGUUUCAGGUACAUCUUGCUACUUCUACUUAGGUCACACUACACAUACAUGUACAAGCAUAUAUAUACACACCCCUCUGGGCUUUCUUCUAUUUUCUUACUAGUUCUUGUCCUUGUUUAUUUCCUCUUACCUCCAUGGGUAGGUGGAACAGAAUUCUUCCUCUGUAAGCUAUGCAUGUUGUAAGAGGCGACUAAAAUGCCAGGAGCAAGGGGCUAGUAACCCCUUCUCCUGUAUAAAUUACUAAAUUUAAAAAGAGAAACUUUCGUUUUUCUUUUUGGGCCACCCUGCCUCGGUGGGAUACAGCCGGUUUGUUGAAAGAAAGAAAGAAGAAAUAGUACGUCUAGGUAGUAGGUUGGUAGACAGCAACCGCCCAGGGAGGUACCACUGUCCUGCCAAGUGAGUGUAAAAUGACAGCCUGUAAUUGUUUUACAUGAUGGUAGGAUUGCUGGUGUCCAUUUGUCUGUCUCAUAAACAUGCAAGAUUUCAGGUGUCUUGCUACUUCUACUUACACUUAGGUCACACUACACAUAUAUGUACAAGCAUAUGUAUACACACCCCUCUGGGUUUUCUUCUAUUUUCUUACUAGUUCUUGUUCUUGUGUAUUUCCUCUUAUUUCCAUGGGGAAGUGGAACAGAAUUCUUCCUCCGUAAGCCACCUGUGUUGUAAAAUGCUGGGAGCAAGGGGCUAGUAACCCCUUCUCCUGUAUAAAUUACUAAAUUUAAAAAGAGAAACUUUUCUUUUUCUUUUUGGGCCACCCUGCCUUGGUGGGAUAUGGCUGGUUUGUUGAAAGAAGAAGAAAUAGUACAUUAAAGGUUGCUUACCAAAGUUCAAAUGAUGAGCUUGCCCUUAGUAUCAGCAAUGCCUCCAUUACCUUCAGAUGUCUGAAAAUAAUGCUGAUUACUCUCCAGCAAUUAUCAGCCAACAAGAUUGAUUCAUUACUGAGUUGCAUUUACUGGCCAUGUGGCUCCUCACCCAGUUGUUACUUACAUGUUUUAAACAAUCUGGUAGCAUAAAUUGUCUUCAUUGUUUACGUGUAUAUGAUGCUAAUCAGUUGUCACUGAUCAUAUGAUGAAUGCAAGAUAAAGCUCCCAUUACUUGUAUAAGUUUUUCUUGGAGUUUUGACAUGACGGAUGCUUAACUGAUUUUUGUGGAGAAAUACUCAGUUGUUUUAGACAGCUUCAUGUUAAAUUUAUUCUUUUAACAUUUUUCUUCCACUUUUUAUUUGUGGAUUCUGUACCUCUUUAAUAGGGAAUUAUUUUCUUAUUAUACUUUGUCAGUUAAUAAUAAUAAGGAAAUGAAUGGAAUGAUUUAAAAAAUGCUUGGAAAAAAUAUCACAUUUUAAGAUGAAAUAUAGAUAGAAAUGUAAAAUAUAUUGGGUAAUUCAUAAAAUAUAUGAAUUUUUGCCAUCACUGGAAAAUCUAAAUUUUAUAAAUCUGCUCUCUCAAGUUUACUGAGAAAGAUCUGAAAAUGUUAAUUUGUAUGAUCAUUCAUUCAAAGGCAUUUGAAGAUUAUCUAAUAAUCCUAAACAUUAAAAGUUUCCUCUUAGAUCACAGAAGUGAGGUGCAUUAAGGAUAUUUAGAUUAUUUUAGCAAUUAAUAUUAGGGAAUCUGUUGUUACUUUGCUCACAUCCCAAUAGUUUGUCAAGCCAGAAAAACCACUAGUGUCUAUUCUGUUCACUGACCUAAAAUGUUCACACAACCCUGUUGAAUGCUCAAGCCCCUAGCUCUCAAAAUCACCUCUACUCCCUCCCACAGGGCUGACCCCUGCACUUUUUGUCACCCCAGAUUUAUAUGCCAUCCUAGUCAUAGUAGUUUGCUCAAUCCUCAAAACAUGAUGACCAGGAUGUAUAAAUCUGGGGUGGAAGGAAGGAAUGGGAGGGGCCAUUCCAGUAAGGGUUGGAGGGAGGGAGGGAGGGAGUAAAGGAGGCUUGAAUGUUAGGGGUUUAAACAUCCAACAAGCUUAUGAGUGCAUUAAAUCAGAGUGAGUGGAGGCACUAUAGGUCUAUUCAUGUCAAUAAACUCCAAACAGGAAUCCUUAAAUCAUAUCUGCAGAUGAAGAGGCAGAUGAUUUUUGCCUCUCCCACUCACAGACACCAAACCUCCAUCUUUCAAAGGCAAGACACAAUAUGCAAGAUACCAGUGCAGUUUGAAUGGGUGCUAAAUUAUUGUUUAUAAAAAUAUUCAUAAAAACAAAAGACAUUUUCUUUGCUUAAAGAGACUUUUAUUUUUAUAAUAGGUUAACUAAUGUGGACCAAGUUUAUCAAAUCUCUUUGGAAAAUGGUCUUUGCUUAAAGUAACUCAUGGCAUUGAAUGAAGCUUGUCUAUAUUCAGACUUCUUCUCUGAUAGGUACUGUACUUAUAAACUUGUGUUUUUGUCUAUUCUUCCCACUUUUCCUAUUAGUUCUUGUAGGUUUAGUACUUCCUUUUUGAUUAUAAUAAUAAUACCUAUUAAUUUCUGGGUUUUUAUUUUAGAUCAGUUUCCAUUGUACUGUGUAAAUUUUAGCAUCUUUUAGUAUACUAAACUUCCUGAAAUUUGUAUUCCUCAUAGCAUUCAACAGCUUGAACAUAAUUCCUAUUUCAGUCAUCGGUAGUAUCAUUUUUUUCUUUGUUGUUGUUUGGUCCUUUUGAGUGAAAGUCUGCAAAUGCUUAGUUGUGAGAUUUGCAUGAGUGGAGUAAUCCAGGCUCAACCUUCAUUAUCAUUUUUUAGCUGUUAUAUACCUAGAAGGGGUUUAUUGAGAUGGUUUAGGAAUGUAGAGAGGAUGGAGGGGGAUAGAAUGAGAAAGUGUGUGUAUAAAUUGGGAGUGGAAGGUAAGAGGGGUAGGGUUCAUCUCUUGAAAGGAGGGGUAAGGGAGGCUUUAAGUUGUAGUGAGUUGAGCAUCCAGCAGGCUUAUGUGAGCAUGGCAGAGAGUGAAAGGAGACUAAGUUAUUUUUAGUGGAAGUGUUAAUGGAGUGUGAGCAAGGUGGCAUUUGGGGUGCUGAGAAGAAAACUGAUGAACUUGCCACUGUCUUUAAAAUAAGAUGUUUCAUUAAGAUUGUAUGGUGUGCUACCGAGAUAUUGUUGCAGAUGUUUGUAGGCUGUCACAAAGGUGACAUUUGGCAGUUCAUCAGUUUUCUUUGUUGCGAAUGAUUGUAGGUGAUUUUCACAAAAGUGACAUUUGGCAAGUUCAUUGUUUUUCUUCUCAGCACCUUAUUCAUGAAGGGAUUCAGGAAAACUGGUUAGCUGAACUUUUGAGUUUUGGAUGUGGGCAGGGCAGUGCUGCACUCAGAAAGAGGGAUGGAGAGGGUAAUCUGAAUUGUAAUGUUAGCAAACUUCUGGCAAGACAGUGAUUGAAUGAAUAAUAGUGAAUGUGUUUUCUCUGGGUCACCUUGCCUAACCAGGAGAUGACCAUUGAGAUAAAAAGAAAAUAUGCAUGAUCAGUUUUUGAAGUUCUCCCACAGCCUGGUGUAUACUAGAUUUUCCUGCUGACCAACAUUUUUUGUUGUUAUAGUCCAAGUGUAGCUGUUCUAAUCCUUGUGACAUUAUUACAUAAAACUGAAGAGUAUAGUGUAGUGAAAUCAGUUUUGUUACAUUUUAUUUCUCGUCCUCAUCUAUUGUUAUGUUAAGUUCAUGAAAUUAACAAAAGUUAGGUUGGUUAUUUUCAGUCAGUGUUCUCAAGUAAUUAAAAUAUAUCAUUACAACAACAGAUAAGCUAGACUCAUAAUAAUUAGGGCCAGAUGAAUUUUUUUUUACAUUCAGUAUAUGAUGGAAAUCUUUCUAAUAAUUAUAUAGCUUUGGAGAGGAAAAUAGUGGAUAGUAGAGACCUUGAAGCCUUAAAUGUUUUUUUAAAAAACUUUAAUCCUUCUGUGAUAAGACAAGCAUGUGUGUACUUUUGUGAAGGUAAAGCACUACUCAAAAUAGUUAUAGAUAAGUGAUGUCUCAAUUUCAGGGCUUCUGUAUCCAAACUUGAAUUUUUUUUUAUCUGCCGUAAAAGCUCAUUUAAAGUGAGCUUUCAUUGCACGAAUUUGUCACAGCGCUCUUUAUAAAGAGGAAAACCCAAAAUUUCCUCAGUACUAAUCAAUUUUCUCGAGUGCAGUCAAACUUUUCAAGGUUCCUUGCUCAUUUGCAACACCGUACCUUGUCUCCAACUAGCCUUACACCCACUCAUCUGCUGGCCAGCUACAUCUCAAGUGGUUUAACACUCACAAUUAAUAGCAAAUGUUUUAUGGAAAUUUCUUACUUUUCUACAUCCCUCCUCCUCCACUGCACAUUAAACCCUAGAACCCACAAUGAUUACUAGUGAUACUGGAUGUCAGAAAGUAGAGAAAAUGUGACUAUUAAAAUAUCAAGUGAAAUUUCUGUUUGAUAUGGCAGCAGUAAAUUCUUUAAACAUUUAUUGCUUAAAAUAAAAAUCUUGUUAAAACAUUCAUACAUUUUUAAUGAAUGUGAAAGGGUAUAAGAUUUUGUCUACUAUUAAUGGCAAUGAAAUUAGUAGUCUAUAUGUUUGCAAUUCAAUUAGACAGAAAAGUUGUUUGAAUCUUUGAGGAUUCUUGAAAAUAUAUGAUUUUCUACAGCAUGGCAGAUGAUAAUGUGGAAGCUGUUCCCUAGCAUUUAAAAUAAGUGUUGAAGUUACAGAAUUUUUUGUCGACUGGUCAUUAUUUUAAUAAUAUAUUCUGAGCAUUGUACAUUCACAAGUGUGGAGACUCACAUGUGCUGAUCACCAAGUGCUCACGUAUCAAUUGCCCAAUCAUAAGGGAGUUCACAGGUGUUCACUGCUUAGUCACCAGUGAAGAAUGAUAUAAGCUGUACUAGCUAACCUAUCCUGGCUGCCAGAAAGAAAGAAAGCUAUACUGUGCAUUACUGUUUUUAAUAUUGGGGGAUUUUUUUCAAGUGGGUGUUAACCUUGAGAUUUUUUGGAACUUACCCCUAUAAUUUCCAUUUAUUAUAUGCUUCAUGUUGUACAAAUUUAGGUUGUGCAUGGAUUUUUAAGAACAUGACUGUCACGCUGAGUGAGUACUGGCAGGCCUCUCAUAAUGUGUAUUUAGGUAGCUUGUUUUUAUUAGAACGAUACUCGUAUUUAUAUCUCAAAAUUAUUAGAACACAGCUCCAGCCUGUGUUUAACAUGGCUGAAGCUGGAAAAAAAAUUAAUUUGGGCUGGUUCCCACUUGGAAAAUUUCCCUCUGUGCCAUAAAGUUGGGGAAAAAUUUGAAAUGGACUGGUUCCUGUGUGGAAAGUUUCUCUCUCUACUCUAGGCAUCACCAUUGUUUAAAGGAAGCCUAGCUUUGCUCUCCUCCACCCUCCCCCAUUUACAUCUGCAGCCCAUCCUUAUGGUCAGUUUGAUAACAAGUCUUGUACUAUUGUCUUGUGUGUUUGUCACUUCAUAUUUUUGGAUAUUUUCAUUGUGCCCAUCUUAUAUUGCUGGUUGGUGGCCAUAGGUGAUGGGACUGUAGGUUGCUGAGGUGGUGGCAGCUAUAAUACGAAAUAUUAUUGCUGUAAGCAAUGGUGAUAUGUGGUGAUAGGGCUGAUAAGUUGUGGAAGUGGUAUCAGCUGUUAUAUGAUAUAUUACUGGCUGUAUGAGAAGGUGAUGAUAGAUGGUGUUAGGUGGUGAUAGUGCUGGUAGGUGUUCAUAGGUGAUGAGGGCUGAUAGGUGAUGAUAGCUGGUGGUGUUAGGUUAACAAGCAACCACAUCUACAGUGUAAGGUAUCAAGAGCUAUAUUAUUUUUGACGAAAUAAACACUUAAAUAAAGUUUGUAUGAUUUUCUUGGGGUGCUAUGCACUGAGCCCUAUUUUUCACGUGCAUAUGUAGUACUGUACAUGUGCAGUUUUACAUUAAGUGCUGAUUUCAGGAACAUAACUGCAACAUUGUGUGGGGUCUUGCUGUAUUCAUGUAGUUUGACUAGAUAUUAAUAAUUACCGUAUAUGAAAGUGAUAUUACUGUUGUGUAUGUGUGUGUGUGUGUGUGUGUAUACACUCACCUAAUUAUGGUUGCAGGGGUCGAGACUCAGCUCCUGGCCCUGCCCCUCUUCACUGAGUGCUACUAGGUCCUCUCUCUCUUCCUGCUCCAUGAGCUUUAUCAUACCUCAUCUUAAAGCUAUGUAUGGUUCCUGUCUCCACUACCUCAUUUGCUAGGCUAUUCCACUUCCUGACUACACUAUGACUGAAGAAAUACUUCCUAACAUCCCUUUGACUCAUCUGGGUCUUCAGCUUCUAAUUGUGACCCCUUGUUUCUGUGUUCCCUCUCUGGAACAUCCUGUCUCUGUCCACCUUGUCUAUUCCACGCAGUAUUUUGUGUGUGUGUGUGUGUGUGUGUGUGUGUGUGUGUGUGUGUGUGUGUGUGUGUGUGUGUGUGUGUGUGUGUGUGUGUGUGUGUGAGAGAGAGAGAGAGAGAGAGAAAAUCUCGGUUAUAUGUGUACAGAAAAAAUUCCUAUUAAUCCAUUAUAACAGCUGAGUCAUAGAAUGACCUAUUGAAUGUUCAGGCUCAUACAUGACUAUUAUGAAGCAUUAAUAUAAUGGAGAAAAAGUUUCUUUUUAUCAUUGUGACCAGAGUUGGUUCUUAAUGCAAUUUGCAGUGUUUUUUUUUUUUUACUUUAUAAUAAAAAAUUAAUGUCUAAUUAACAAUUGGCACACAUUGUUGAAGGUAAUGAAAGAAGCAAACUAUUCAAAACUUUUAUUUUUUACAUGUACAAUAAGUCUUUGAUUGAUAUUGAUAUAUUUUUAUUUACUUGUUAUUUAAUAUCUCAGAAUUUAUUCUAGGUCACUUUGUUUAUGUAGCUACUCUAAUUAUAAUAUGUAUCUUCUGUGCUAGAACAGAAGCCACAUUCAGAUAUUUUUUGGUGGUGAAGAGUAAAAAAAAGUUACAAUCGACAAAUAGCCCACACUUUGGAGAGGAAACUUUAGACAAUGUUUUGCUCCAUCUCUGAAUUUUAUCAAGUUGUGACUUGGUCUAGGAUGGACAAAAAUGUCUUCUAAAAUUUCCUCCCCAAAGUUUGGGUUGUUUGUGUAUUUUCUGAUAAUCAAUGUUGAUCAUUACCCAGGAAGGCCUCAGCAAGGGUGAGUCAACCUCAGAUAACUUGGCACACACAACUUGCUGCUCAUUGGGCACAACCAUUGAGAGCAUUGCUUUCAAUCAGUCAAAUUUAAUAUUGCUUUAUAAAUAAAUAUACUAAAAGUAAUGCUUCUUGCAGGAUUUAUUGAUUUUAGAUCAUUAUUAAUCUUAUAAAUCUAUUAUCACACAUUACUGCUUUUCUCAUUUGCCAAAGGCAUUAAAACAGAGAGCAAUGGGUGAUAAAGUUUAGCAAGAACUGUUGCUUUGCAGCAUUUUGCAUAAAAGACAUAAUACAUAUUUGUUAAUAUUAUAAUAAGCUUUACAGUUUUGGUGGAGGAAGCCAGUUCCAUAUUUAUUUAACAUAAUGUAACAUAUGUAUACCCACUUAUUUUUAUCUUAUCAACUGUACAAAAUAAUUCAAAUAUAAUUACAGUAGUAUGAUAGUACAAGAAGCAAAUACUGUACUGUAAAAGCUUUUAUUGAUAGUGUAUCAGAUAUCAUUUGUAAAAUGUAAAAAAAAAAAAAAUUGUACAGUAUUUGCGCUUAAAAAUUGUCAUCAACUUUAACUUACCGUAAAUACCUCCGACAAGCCUUUCCAUUCAUUCAUUUCAGCACUGUUAUGUAGACUCUUGCCUAAACUUUUUAAUAAUAAAUCUUCAUAUAUUCAAAUAUUAAAAGACAGCACUAAAUGUUAAAAGUAUUUCUUACAUUUAUACAGUGGACCCCCGCUUUACGAUAUUAUUUCAUUCCAGAAGUAUGUUCAGGUGCCAUUACUGAACGAAUAAGGAUUAUUGUGAAUUAGAUUAGUCCAUUUCAGACCCCCAAACAUACACGUACAAACACACUUACAUAAAUACACUUACAUAAUUGGUCGCAUUGGGACCUGAUCGUAAAGUGGGGGUCCACUGUAUUGUGUUUUUGCUGCCACAAGUGAAUUUAAUUGUAAUUGCCUCAAGAAAUAAUCUUGUCCUAAGGGUUUGUGUACAGUGAGUGCCCCAAUUUACGAGUUUUCUGAGUUACGAGCUGUCACUCGGUCGAUUUUUUGCUUUGAGUUGCGAGCGAAAAUCUGAGUAAUGAGCGAAAAAAAAAAUUUACUGAAAAUGACAUUUGGUAGGAAUCUCGGCCAAAAUGGCACAACAAAAGGUGGUUUUGGGACUUGGUACUUAUAAAACAAUGCUAGUGCAGUGUUCUCACUGGAGGUAAUUGUGUAAUUAUGUUUAGUUAUUCUACAAAAAAAUAAAGUUGGUAAGUAGUGCAAUGUUCUCACUGGAUGUAAUCGUGUAAUUAUCUUUAGUUAUUCUGCAAAAAAAUAAAGUUGGUAAGUUUUUGACAUUUGCAAAAUAUCUUGCCCUUUACUCCCACACAAAUCCCAAAAUAUUUGGAAUAUUUUCAAUAUUCCACAAGCCAAUUGUAGAGCAAUCAUUUUUUAUGAUUCUUGUCAAUAUUAUUGCAUUUACUUCAAAUUCAAAUUCAAAUUCAGAUUUAUUUAUUUAUUUGCAAGUAGUACACUGAUAUUAUAUUUUUACAGUAAUGGGUUACAGUGCAAAGAGAGCCUCUAUUAUGCCUUGGCAUUAUGGGCCGACUUAAUUUAUUUUCAAUAAUAAAUGAUGGGGUUCAUGAAAUAAGUUAAUAACUUCCUUCUGAGAUAUUCAUAUACUACAUCACUGCACUAGUGGUCUAGUGCAGUUAGCCUCUCAAAAUCUCCAUUUUCUCUUACCCAAGACCAAAGAACAUGUUAUAGGAAUGAGCAGUAAUAAUUUUAUAUGCUUGGACUGGUCCUGGCCUAUUUUAUUCAUUCUGAGUACAUAUAUAAUGUUUCUAUGUUACUUAUAGUGUGUAUUAUGUCAUAUUAGAUCAAUUCUGAUGGAUAAAUAAGCCGUAGAGUUGAUAUUAGUGUUAUAUUGAAGUAUUUUCUCCUGCCUCUGGGGUGGUUUUUUGGGGGCUGGAAUGGAUUAAUGGCAUUUCAGUUAAUUUCAGUGAGGAACAUUGAUUUGAUAUAUGUACGAGCAAAUUGAAUUACGAGCUCAGUCACGGAACGAAUUAAACUCGUAAGUCAAGGUGCCACUGUAUUUACCAAAGUCUUGUAAACAAACAGUGUAGGGAAAUAAAGGAAGACUGACAGGGAAAGACGAGGUAUCACAAGAAUGGAGAAAAACAGAGGAUUUUAAAAUGAUGAGUCUACAAACAUUAGUGUAAUAUUUGAUGACAGGUUGCAUUUCAGCCAGAUGGUACUGCAAAGUGAUCAUGACCAAUUAGUGCCAUUUUAGGCGAGGCUUUUUCAUAUGUACUAUAAUUGGUUUGUCAUUAUUUAAUGGCUAAAACUCGCCAGUUAAUUCUAAAUUACCCCAAGGCCGUAAAAACUCAGCACAUAUGUCUAGUAGAUGUUUAAUGUGUUUAUUUAUAAUUAGGUGUGGGAUUAUGGUAUUUAAUUAAUUAAUUUUUUUUGUAUGUAUCUGCCACCUCCAGAAAAGUGGCUUUUUUUUUUUUAAGUUACUGUAACAGUAAUUUGAAAGUCAGAUUAACAGUCUUAAUAUUUAAGUUAAUAAUAUAGUGUAAAUAUUGUAUUUGAUGUGAGGAUGAUAAAUAUGUGGAUGUCAGUCACUUAGCAAUAGGCUUUAUACACUGUGUGAGUGGAAAUCAAUACCAAAAUUUUUUUCUAUGGAUAAAGUGUAUGCUCUUCCAGUGUUUUUAUAUAACAUUUUACACAGUGUUGUUAAUCUCUUAUUAUUAAGAACUGAGUGAAAGACAUCAUACCAUUUCAUAAAAAGCACAAAUCUAAUAUUUGUGAUUUUUUUUCUGUCUGGAUUUUUUUUCCCUUUUGAGCCAUUGAAGAAAGAUGAUUUUUUAUAUUCUCUUGUAUCAUUAAAAUAGGUGAACAGAUUUUAAGUGUGUGAUAAAGUUUAAGUAAAGUUCAGCCUGUAUUAGUGAUUUCUCUAAUUUUUUCUACUAAAGGGCCUUUAACAAAUUAAUUAAUAUACUCUAGUGGAUAAGCAGCAUACAAGUUGUUCAUAUGCCUAUGGAGAAUAUAUUGCUUUGUAGUUAAGUACUGAAUUUCUCUCAAGCUAUGACAGAGCAAUAUUUUUUAUUUAGUACUGUAUCAUGAUCAAAUCUGGAGUCAGUGUUGUUAUUGAUUUUAUCCUGGAGGGUAUGGGACAUAUAAUAAAGAUAAUAAACUAUAGAUUUUGUUAUUAUUAAAUGCAAAUUGAUGUUUGUUUUAAGGGAAACCAUGACAGAUUCAUUAGCAGAAUAUGACUACUGACUUUAUUUAUAUUUAUUUGAAAAAGACAUUGUUUGGUGCUAUGAUUGUCACAAAUUGUAUGCUUGUCUCUAAAAAAGUUGUUUACAGUCUGAGAUUUAUCUUUUAUUCUCUGUAUGUUAGAGUUUAGUGCUUUGUUGAGGCCACAGCUUUUUGUUAAUAAAUGAUUGUUAUAUUAUUAAAAAGUAUUAUAUUUAGUUUCAAAGCUUUUCAUUAUCUGUACUGAGGAAAUUAUUUGUGUACUGUAUCAUUUACAUGAACUAUAAACCAGGAAUCUAUAUGAUAGUACCUGUAUAUGAAACUGCCCGAUGUUUAACUGUAUUGAAGCCCAUUUUCCAGCUAAUCAUUGCAUGUUACCUUGGAAGAAGCAAAGUGAUUAGAGUAAGAGUUUAAGGACAGAAGUACAGUGCCUGUGCUCUAUGAGGGGUGUUGAUAUGUUGAAGUUUUUAAAUGUAGUGUAGGCAUGCUUCUGGCAAGACAUUGACGAAGUGAAUGAUGAUGAAAGGGCUUAUUUUUCGAGUCACCCUGCCUUGGUGGGAAACUGCCGGUGUAUUAAUAAAAAAAAAACAUUAAAGACAGACUGUAUGUCAGAUUGGAAGAAGGUAGUAUGGAGGUGGUGAAUGUUUUUAGAUAAUAAUGAGUCAUUAUAUUGGCAGAUGGGUCCAUGAAAGAUGACAUGAAUCACAAAACAGAUGGAAAGAAAGUAGCAAGAGUGUUGAAGUCUGUAGAAGGAAGUAAAUUUGUCACUGGAUGCAAAAUGGAAAGGUUGUCAGUUUAUAGAUAAUCUUUUUUUUUUUAAAUUUAGCAGUGAGGAGGAGGCUGGAGAUAGCUGAGAUGUAAUGUUGGAGAUCGAUAUGCAGUGUGAAUAUUAUGCAAUGAAUGAAUAGUGAAGAAAUUAGAAGUUGGUGUUCUGGUAAGAUAGGCAUAAUUCAGGGAGCAGAAAAGGAUAGUUGAGAUGGUUUGGCCAAUUUGAAAGGGUGGAGCAAGAAAAGUUGAUUAUAUAUAAGUGGAGGCAAGUUGUUUUUGGGAUUUGAUAUGCUGUUGGAUUGUGAACAUGGCAGUAGCUAUGAGAGGAUUAAGGAAAACUAAUUAUCGAGGGUUGCAUUUUUGCGGUGGGUAUUAUGAUGCCUACACUUUAAAAAUAAGUGGAGAUGCUACAAUUUAAGUACCUUGAAGAGUUUAUUACAGUACAGUACUACUAUUUCACAGUGGUUAUCUGGUUCAAUCUUCUUUAUUAUUAAAAAACUGUUCACAGAAAAAUGGACAAGGUACAGAAAGUCCAAAGAUGAACUACAAAUUGUCUCUCAGAGCUAGCAAAAAAAGAAAAAUUACAAAGAAAAUUUGAAAAUAUUAGUCAUGCUCCCAUGGGCUGAUAGGUGGAAAAGAAGGAACAUUAAACCCACAGAGUAUCAGGUUAUAAAACAAGGGGAAUAAAUUUAAAAGGAAGAUUUCCUAAGAAGAUCAGCAGGGAGACCAAGAGGUAACUCUAACCUAAAAGUGAUGAUGCUGAAAGGAUAUUUUACUAGACAGUUCUACAUUAGAUUAAAUAUCAAAGACAGGAAACCUCAAGUUUAGCUCUUCUCCUGUAGCUACAAAUAUAUACAGUAAUUACACAUACCAAACAUAUUACAUAUUGAAAUUGAAUGGGCCCCAAGUAACGUACGAAUUCUCAGCAUCAUUAUCUGUGCAGGUGAUUUUUUCAGUACUAUUAGAUGUAAAAUUUAUACAAAUUUGAUGUAACAUAAAUCAAUAUUUCAAACCAUAGUGAACUAAAAUACUCCAUUUAAUUAAAUUUUUGUAUUAAUGUGUAUAUUUUGACAUUUCUAUGCAUGUAUUUGUAAAUAUGUUUCAGAAGAUAGGACAAUUUCUUUAUCUUUUAUGUUUAUGUUGUACACUAAGAGAGUUCUCAUUAACUAACUGGCUUUCAAGUUAUGCAUGUUCUGAUGAUGUUUCUACAGGCAGUUGCCCUAAGUUGCAAUUAAACAUGUUAGCUAACCCUUUGCUGCUAGACACUUCUAUUAUCAGAGAGUUGUAAGCAACACAUGCCUUUUUUACACUCUCACAUUUGACAAUAGAAUUUUCAAGUUUUGGCAGAUGCUUUCAGAGAACAGUCUCAUCAUGUGAAUAUUGAACAUCAUGUAACCAAAAAACUGCCAUAAACAGUUGUAGCAUUUUUUCAUGGAUUGUGAGGAAUCAAAGCAAAGGGCUCGUAAUUUCUUGAUUCUAGUUUGGUACCCCACAUUCCAUGAAAAACUGAACAUCAUGUUUAUUAGUGAAAUAGUAUAUGUAUUUGACUUGCAUUCUGAUACCUUUGAGUAUGAGAAUCCUAGUUUAAUGAUCAUACUUGCUUAGUUUUUAGGAGCCUAAACCUAUACUGAAUUACGUUAUGGCUUUUCUAUUUUGUACAGAUCUGUGAAUUGUAUAUUUCAUAUUUGUUAUAUAUUUCUGGAGAAGAUUAAACCAAGACAUUUUGCAUGUGUUGUGCUUUGAGUUAGUGCCUCACAGAAAAUGAGAUACCUGUAUAUUGUUUAUAUUUUAUUAAAAAACUAAAUUUGUAAUUAUGUGCUUCCCUAUGCAUUUAUUCUCAUUUUGUGGUUUGAUAUAGCUUUAAUACUGGAAGUUAUUUGA